CCGACGAGCGAGGUGCGUUCGCUUCCUUUGCAAGUCCGCAGCGGCAUCGUGUGGUUGUUUGGAUGAGCGCUGACAGUGCCCAGGUCAAUCCAAGCGCUUUUCUGGCUCGGCCCCGUUCGUGUGGGAGCAGUGGGAGCGGGGGCUCCUUUGUGGAUCCUGGCUCCGGGAGGCUGAACGAAUGUGAUCGUGCCUACAGCUGGGAAGGAAGACGAAUCGUCUCAUUGUCGGCCGUGCAGAUCACAGGCUGCAAAAGGAAGGAGAAUUCCAGCACCGCCUCUUUCCCCGGGAACCUUGUCUGUGGGACCGUCUGCGGAACGUCCCCGGCUUUGUAGCUGCACUCUGGGAGACGGAAAAGACGUGAGUGUACCCAGAGCUGAGCGCACAGAGCUGCGUGUGUUGCACUUUCUGAGCUGCAAGGAGAAAGUGAAGACCGGUGCUUCCUUUUUGUUCUGGGACCUUUGGGAUGGGAGCAAUUGCUGGGCACAGUAAGUGUUGAAGCUGGGCUCUGCAAGAGUGAAAGACGGGGAUGGUCCAUGCGGCUGAGCAGGGAAGUGCAGAACUCCGGGGGGAUGCGCUGCUUUUCACAGGAUGCGAGGUACAUUUGGAGACAGCAGCAGCCGGCUGAGAGGGCGCCUUUGGUGACCAAUCUUUACCCUUGAGGCAGUUCCGUUGGGUUCGGGAGCUCUGUAGGACUGAAAGAAAGAAUGGACAUGGAGUCUGGAAGGAGAGCUCCUAGCCCCGGGGCGCAUGGUGCUGUUGAUAUCCUUCAAAGAGAACGUGGAACCCAGAACGUUGUCUCCUCUGCUGUUUCCAGAGGGAAAUGAUGGAGCUGCGUUCAGCGAGAGAGCAAAAAUGUGAACGUGUGCUUUUCUUCUCGGCUACGUUUACCUUAAGAUUCUUUGCACCUCGGAGUCUAAAGCUAAACGGAACUCGGCACUGUCAGCGCUCAUCCAAACAACCACACGAUGCCGCUGCGGACUUGCAAAGGAAGCGAACGCACCUCGCUCGUCGGAAUCACCCAACGCGUGCAUCCGAGUUGCAGACGUCCCUGCUCUCAAAUGCACCGGCAUCCGCCCCGUCCGUUGCCUCCCCUUCCCGUGAACGCCGCCAAGCGCCGAGGCAUGGUGUGCCCCAGCCCCGGGCUCAGCUCUCAGGGGCAAUCGAGCUCCAGCGAGGAAGAGCAGCAUGGUGGCGAGCCAGACCUGCUGUGGCUGGCCGACCUCACAGGCGCCCACAUCGGCUUGGCCCCGAUCUGCGAGGACCCCGAGGAUCGCUGCAGCAUCUGGGAGAAUCUGGUGAGUCUGGUGGACUUCCAGUGCCCAGGCUUUCCCCUGACCUCUGAGGAGCUGUGCCAGUACAUCGAUAUUCCCCACACGCCCACGUCCUCCUCCACCACCUGCACGAGCACCGUGACCACGCGCCAGGCCGUGCCCCAGCCCCCUCUGCCCACGGGGGACAUCGACUACAAGAGCAACGCGCACGUCAGGCCGCCCUACUCCUACGCCACCCUCAUCUGCAUGGCCAUGGAAGCCAGCAAGAAGCCCAAAAUCACCCUCGCAGCCAUCUGCAAGUGGAUCAGCGACAACUUCUGCUACUUCCGCCGUGCCGAUCCCAGCUGGCAGAGCUCCAUCCGGCACAACCUCUGCAUCAACAAGCGCUUCAUCAAGGUGCCCCGGGAGAAGGGUGAACCAGGCAGAGGUGCGUUUUGGAAGCUUCACCCCCGAUACGCUGAGCAGCUCCAGAGCAGCACCUCCAAAGAGCUUCCAGAGCCAGCCUCCACCAAAAGAGCCCAGCAAGAAGCACAGUGUGUCCUCAGCCCGGCCACUCUGGCCUGCAGCUCCCAGAGCAGCCUCGAGGUAGGCGCAGAGCUGCAGCAGCUGCUGCAAGAGUUUGAAGAGUUUGAAAGCAGCCACAGCUGGAACCCUGUGGAGAACGAAGCGGGGCAGCAGCAGCAGCACAACCAGCCCUGGCCCACGCCACUGGCCGAGGUGUCUUGGCUUCCCAGCUCUGCCUCGGGGCCCCAGGAAGAGCCGAGCGAGCUGAUGGAGCUGAAGGGCAGCACUGACUGGGAGGCUCUCCUUGACUUUGCCCCGGAGCAAGGAGACUUCUCCGCCCUUGAGCACCUGGAGCUCCCACUUCCCACCCCGCCCGGUGUUGUGCACCCAACAGCACAAGGGCAGCAGCAAGUCCUCCCCGAAGGCAGCCCCACCAAGCUGGGCUUGGACGAAACCCUGACGGCCACAGCUUUCCUGGAGGCUGUCUGGCACGAGGAGAUGAGAGACAGCCCCUCCGACGGCAUCCCCGCUGUGCAGGGGGCUGAAAACAUCCAGGCCUCUUUGCCAGAGGGGGAUGCCAUAGAUUGGGAAUCUCUGGCCCACAUAGGAGUCUAUUAGAGAUGGGAGAUGGUACAAGAUUAGAUUAGAUUAGAAUAGAUUAGAUUAGAUUAG